AUGGCCGAUCAGCCCCAAGACCCUGUCCACGCAGUUGAAUCAAAGAUUCACCGACUGGAGAAGUUUAUUGCUGAAUCUUUGAGGCCAUUGCCCACGGAGACUGGCGAUGGAACUUAUAUCAAGAUGGAUGUCACUACAGGUUUGGCCAAGGACAUUGGACAUGUUGAUCUGGCAGAAGUCAAAACCAUUGCUGAAGUCGCCAAAAGCGCGAUCACUGGUUCCCCCUUGAUGAUAAAAAUGAUUCAGCUGGCUGCCGGUUUGCCUGCCACUUCGGGUGCUCGUACAGAACUAACUGAGACUUUCCUCAAUACCUUGUGGAAUGAUUUGCAGCAUCCACCAGUUUCGUAUCUUGGCCGGGAUGCCAUGUAUCGUAAAGCAGAUGGAUCUGGAAACAACAUCUUCUGGCCAAAUAUUGGAGCUGCAGGUAGUCCUUAUGCACGAUCAGUUCGACCGGAAAUCGUGCAACCCGUAGAUCGCCCAGAGCCGGAGGCCCUAUUUGACAGUCUCUUAGUCCGGAAAGAGUUCAAGGAGCACCCGAACAAGAUUUCAAGUGUAUUGUUCUAUAUUGCGUCUAUAAUUAUUCACGAUAUUUUCCAAACCUCGAGAGAUGGGACGGCAACAAACACAUCAUCGUACUUGGAUCUGGGACCUCUAUAUGGUAACAAUCAAAAGGAGCAGGAUGAAGUAAGAACCUUUAAGGAUGGAAUGUUGAAACCUGAUUGCUUCUCCUCUAAGCGAGUUUUGGGAUUCCCUCCUGGUGUUGGUGUUUUGCUCAUCAUGUUUAACCGCUUCCACAACCAUGUCGCCACCCAGCUCACAGCAAUCAAUGAGGGUGGUCGCUUCACUAAGCCGGACGAGUCAAAUGCAAAGGCUUAUGCCACAUGGGAUAAUGAUGUGUUUCAAACUGCACGUUUGGUGACCUGUGGUCUCUAUAUCAACAUCGUUCUCAAGGAUUAUGUUCGAACUAUUCUCAACUUGAACCGAACUGACAGCACCUGGAGUUUGGAUCCUCGCAUGGAUGAGAAAGAUGGGUUGCUUGGAAAGGCAGUCUCCAAGGCUACGGGAAACCAAGUCUCGGCUGAGUUCAAUCUCGUCUACCGCUGGCACUCUUGCAUUUCUGCUCGUGACCAGAAAUGGUCGGAGGAGUUGUACAAAGAGAUUUUCAAUGGCCAGGAUCAUAACACCAUUAGUCCACAGCAGUUUGUGAUGGGACUCGGGAUAUACGAAUCAAAAUUGCCUGAGGACCCUUUGCAGCGGCCCUUUGCCACAUUGCAACGCCAGUCCAAUGGCUCAUUUGAUGAUGAUAGCUUGGUGAAAAUAUGGGAAGAGAGCGUGGAAGACGUUGCGGGAGCCUUUGGCACCUCUAAUGUACCAAGUGUCUUCAAAAGCAUCGAGGUCCUGGGCAUUAAACAGGCACGUUCUUGGAACUUGGCGACUUUGAAUGAGUUCAGGGACUACUUCAACUUGAAGCCAUAUGAGACCUUCGAAGAGAUCAACCCAGAUCCAUAUAUUGCUGAACAGCUCAGAAAUUUCUACGAGCAUCCUGAUCUUGUGGAGAUGUACCCAGGAGUCAUCGUGGAGGAUACUAAAGAAGCAAUGGCACCCGGCAGCGGCUUGUGUACAAACUACACAAUCUCGAGAGCGAUUCUGUCUGAUGCCGUUGCUCUAGUCCGCGGUGAUCGCUUUUACACAGUUGACUUCACGCCUAAGCACCUUACCAACUGGGCUUACAACGAAAUUAACUACGACACUAGCAUUGAUGGGGGCCAGGUCUUUUAUAAGCUCGUGCUACGGGCAUUCCCCAACCAUUUCCGAGCGGAUUCAAUUUAUGCACACUUUCCGACGGUGAUUCCGAGUGAGAACGAGAAGAUCAUGGCCAAUAUUGGAAGGGCUGGAAUGUACAGCUUUGACCGGCCGACCUAUACUCCGUUACCCAAAUCCAUCAAUUCUCAUGCCGCAUGCCAGGCCAUCCUCGCCGACCAGGACUCCUUCAAAGUAACCUGGGGCAAGAAACUCGAGUUUCUUCUGCAGCGAGCGGGCCACCCCUACGGCAAGGAUUUCUGUCUCUCGGGCGAUCUCCCGGCAAAUGCAGACUCCAGGAAAAUACUAAGGAACGCCAUAUAUCAGGAAAACUGGGAGUCUGAGGUCCGCAAAUUCUACGAGCAAAUCACGUUGCAGCUACUGCAAAAGAACUCGUAUAAGAUCGGUAGCGCGAACCAGGUCGACAUUGUGCGCGAUGUGUCAAAUCUUGCUCAGACCCAUUUCUGUGCUAAUGUCUUCUCUCUCCCACUCAAAACUGAGUCAAACCCCCGAGGUAUAUUUACUGGACCUGAGCUUUAUCAGAUAUUGGCUUUGCUUUUCACCUGUAUUUUCUAUGAUUUGGACGUUCAAAAGGCUUUCCAGCUCGAGCAAGCUUCUCGCAAAACUGCGCAGCAGCUUGGUGACCUUAUCAUAGCAAAUGUUGAGAUCGUCAACAAGGCUGGGUACAUUGCCGAGCUUGUGGACAAACUCCAUCACCAUGACAACGCGCUGAAAAACUACGGCGUUCAUAUGAUCCAGCGCUUGCUUGAUAGUGGAUUACCGCCUAAGGAGAUUGCGUGGACGAACAUUGUCCCUUCGGCGUGUUCAAUGGUUGCCAACCAGUCGCAGUUGUUCUCUCAGUGCCUGGACUUCUAUCUAGAUACGGAUAACGCCAUCCACCUUGCCGAAAUUCAGCGCUUGUCAAAGGAGCAUACUCAUGAAGCCGACGAGCUACUUCUGAGAUACUUUAUGGAAGGUGUCCGAAUCCGAUCGUCUGUUGCCUUGCCCCGGGAGGUUGCCAAGCCGACUGUCAUUGAAGAUAACGGAAAGAGAGUGUCAUUGGAGGUCGGACAACAGGUGCUUGUCAAUUUGGUGGGUGCAAGCCACGAUGCCUCCGCAUUUCCCGACCCUGAAAAGGUUCGUCUUGAUCGUGAUUUGGGCAGCUACAUUCACUUUGGCUUCGGUCCACACCAAUGCCUCGGUAUGGAGGUGUGCCAGAUUGCUCUUCCGACCAUGCUCCGUAUUGUGGGACAGCUGGAGAAUCUUCGGCGUGCGCCUGGGUCGCAAGGUCAGUUGAAAAAGCAGACCGGAUCUGCAGGAUUGACCAUGUACAUGAAUGCGGAGCAAAGCGUCCUGUCUCCAUAUCCAUUGACCAUGAAGAUCCAAUGGGAUGGGGCAUUGCCCAACGUUGUGGGCCACUAG